CAACAUGGCGUGCAGUGUGAACUGUGCUUUCGUCGUCGAGCCCCGUAGCGAACCGCUCUCAGCCCAGCGCCGGAAAGAUGACGUCGAUGAUCACGUUGGUAUCCCUCGCCAUUAUGGCUGCUGUAGCGUCGGCUGGCUUCCUCGGUGGUGGCUCCGGAGGUUACGGCGGCUACGGUGGAUAUGGUGGAGGCUACGGUGGAUAUGGUGGAGGCUACGGAGGAUACGGCGGUGGCUACGGAGGAUACGGCGGUGGCUACGGAGGAUACGGCGGUGGCUAUGGCGGCUACCCUGCUGGCCGAGCUUUCUCUUACUCCACCCACAUUCAGCACCCGUCAUCGUAUGGCGGCCACGGUGGUUACGGAGGAUACGGAGGAUACGGAGGAUACGGUGGAUACGGUGGAUACGGUGGAUACGGUGGAUACGGAGGAUACGGUGGAUACGGAGGAUACGGAGGAUACGGACGUGGGCUUGGUCAUGGCUACGGACACGGCCACGGUCAUGGCCACGGAUACCACGGCUGAAGAAACCAACGGAAUGCGCUGCGCAUAGGAUCGAUUGUCUUGCCGCUCACUCGUCACAGCUAUGCAUCGCAGUUUCUUGAGUGAUCUGUAAUUUGCGGAGUUACGCUUCUGUGGGCAAGGUAUCCUUUCUCGUACAGGAAAUACAGAAAAGAACAAAAUGUUAUUUGUGUAUAUAUAUGAAAAAUAAAAGAAAGUAUUCUUCUUGGCUA